GGGCCCUUCAAGCGGAGCGCGCGGGGAGGGAGGGUGACGGCCGCCAGCCUGGAAGCUGUCUGCGGGGAGGAUGGAGACCUUUCUGGAAAGCACAAAGCGAAAGGAAGCUCUGCUGUAGCAACCAAACAGUAAAGAAGAGCGCAGGAAGAGGACGUCCUCGCUGUUGAAGGGGCAUGCCGCUCAACGUGGUUCUGACCGGGCCGGCCCCUUGGGGCUUCCGUCUGGUGGGGGGCAAGGACUUCAACCAGCCGCUGACCAUCUCCAGGAUCACUCCCGGCGGCAAGGCGGACGUGGCCAGCCUGUGCGCGGGCGACGUGAUCGUGGCCAUCGAGGGCUCGCCGGCCGCCGACAUGCUGCACUGUGACGCCCAGAACAAGAUCAAGGAGGCCAGCAGCCGUCUCUCCCUCAGCGUGGAAAGAAACGAAGCCAGGCUGUGGUCGCCGCGGGUAAUGCAGGACGGCAAAGUCAGCCCCUUCAAACUCAACCUGGCGUCCGAGCAGCAGGAGCACAAGCACAUCGGCGCGGCUCACAACCGCCGAGCUCAGCCCUUCGUGGCGGCGGCCAACAUCGACGACAAGCAUCAGGUGGUCAGCACAGCCUACAACACGCCCAUCGGCCUCUACUCCUCCGGGAACAUCCAGGACGCCAUGGAGGGACAGAUGAAGGGGAUUGUCCUGCCUAAGGCCGAAAGCCCGAGGACGUUAGCGAACAUCGAGGACUCGGACGUUUACCGCAUGUUGCAGAAGGACGACGACGAGCCCUCGGAGCCACGACAGUCGGGGUCCUUUAAGGCUCUGCAGGACUUUGUGGAGAGCGACGGCACUCGGCCGAUGGUGACCAGAACGGUUAAAGCUCCGACUACCAGGGCGGUCGCACCGGCAGGAAAUCUGCAGAAGCUUCCCAUCUGUGACAAGUGUUGCAAUGGCAUCGUUGGGACGGUGGUGAAGGCCCGGGACAAAUUCCGUCACCCCGAUUGCUUCGUGUGCUCCGACUGCGACGUCAACCUGAAGCAAAAAGGUUAUUUCUUCGUGGAAGGUCAGCUGUACUGCGAGGCUCACGCCCGGGCGCGAAUGAGACCCCCCGAGGGUCACGACCUCAUCACCACUUUUCCUUCUGCGUAGUGUCCUGGUCUUUGGCUUACUUUGGUCGGACCGCAACAGUCAUGUCAACACCUUCUUCACGCUAAUAAAGACAAUUUGUCAUCA